AUGCCUCCUUGUCUCAGGCCUUGGACUUCCAGAUCGACCUUUGUUGGCAGCCACAUCAAACAAACUGGUGCUUGCAGGCACAUAGAAACAAUCCUGGCCUCAAGGCUGAGGCGGAGCCCCGCCCUGGAUCCCUAUGCUCGCAGAAUCCUGAGGCUACCAGAUGGCGGCAGUGUUGCCCUAGACUUUGAAGACUUUGAGCACGUGCAGGACCUCCCCCAGGAUGCACCUGUGGUCAUCCUGCUUCCAGGCUUGACUGGGGGCUCGCACGAUUCGUAUGUGAAGUACAUGGUGCGGGCAUGCCGCAGAAAGGGGCUGCGAGCGAUUGUAUUUAACAGCCGUGGCACGAGUGAUGGCCCAGUGACGACGCCCCAAUUCUAUUCCGCCUCGUUCACCGGAGACAUGCGGGCUGUGGUCAAGGAGGUGCAGAGCUUGUUUCCUGACUCUGCUCUUCUGGCAGCGGGCUGGUCACUUGGAGCAAACAUCCUGGUGCGGUAUCUUGGAGAGGAGGGUCCAAAGACUCCCAUCUCGGCUGCCAUCUCCAUGUGCAACCCCUUCAAUCUGGUGAUGUGCGAUGACAACUUCCAUGUGGGCUUCAAUCGCAUAUAUGACAGGAACCUGGCGGCCUCGCUGUGCAACAUAUACAAGCGGCACGAGCAUCUCUUUGAGGGGAUUGGUGGAGAUUACCAGCUGGACCUGGCGGCCAACUGCAAGACGAUUCGUGACUUUGAUGACGCCAUCACCAGAGUCUCAUUUGGGUGGCCCAGUGUUGAUGCCUACUAUGCAGGCUCGUCAUCAUCCCUCUCUGUACCAAACGUCGCCAUACCCUUGCUGUGCAUUCAGGCAGAGGAUGACCCCAUCGCAGUGAAGGGCGCCAUCCCCUACGAGGCACUGGCAGACAACCCAAACUGCGCCCUUGUAGUCACUCCUGGUGGCGGCCACCUCGGCUGGGCAGCAGGGCCUGAAGGGCCGCUCAGUGCUCCCUGGGCGGACAAUGCCUCCACAGAGUGGCUAAACAGCGUGCUUCUGGAGCUGUACCGGCAUGGGAAGCUGCCUGUGAAGCCAUCAGAGUCCAGCUAUGCGCGCGUUGGCGGCAGGCAAGGGGCAGACAGAUCCGUGGAGCGCGCUACUGACGCCGAACCUGGCCAAUUGCUUCAAGUUAAAUGA